AUGGCAGCCGGGGAUCCCAAGACGGAGGUCGCUGCGCCGCGCUUCGAGUUCAUCGGAGACCUUGUGAGCCCGGAGAGAGAAAGCGAUUCCGACCACAACGCUUUGCUGUGUCGGGUGCAACGACCAGGUGGCGAGCUUGCCCUGGUGUCCUGGAACGUGCUAUGCAAGUUCGGCUUCAACGAGCGCUUUGGCUUUCCUUACGACGGCUUCAAUCGGCGCUAUGAGUCGGAGGCUGCCUACCUGGAGCGACUGGCGCGCGUGUCUGAGAAGGUGAAGGCUUUUGCCAAGACCUAUCAGCCUGAUGUCAUCUUGAUUCAGGAGAACGCAAAUGCCACGAAGAACGAGUUCGGAUACGAGGCCUUGCCAAAGAUGCUGGCACCACUGCAGGAGCAGCACUACAUGAUCUUUCAGGAGGCAGAGUUUAUCACGGCUGUGCGCGAUGGCAGCCGAAGCUCCUUCACCUUGGACCUCGAGUUGCAGCGAAUGCAGGGCAAAGUUCACGCCGUGCGGAGUCCCGACCUGAACGCAGUGAUCCUGAACGUGCAUUUGACCUUCGAUCAACAUGGCUCCGAAAACUCAAGGAAGACACGCCGGGACCUGGAGGCCAUCUGCGAGCUUUGCAGCGAGAAGUUUCCGGGGGCCUCCAUCAUUCUCGCUGGCGAUACGAACCGGGUACCUCAGCAGGAUCGACUGGAUGGAGCUGCAGAGGUCAUCGAGCAGCUCGUCGAUGGACUCGGCAUCCUGUACAUGCCCCCUGGCCCGACGAACGUGCGCUAUGACUGCAAAAGAGAACAAAGCGAGUUCACCUACGCGGAUUUUGUCGCCGACCUCACCGUUCACACCUGA